AUGGUGAUGGAAACGGAGUACUACGAUGUGCUCGGUGUUAGCCCAACUGCUUCAGAGGCUGAAAUCAAGAAAGCGUACUACAUCAAGGCACGCCAAGUUCAUCCAGAUAAAAACCCUAAUGAUCCUCAAGCGGCACACAAUUUCCAGGUGUUGGGAGAGGCCUAUCAAGUGUUAAGUGAUUCAGGUCAACGCCAGGCUUAUGAUGCAUGUGGGAAGUCAGGGAUCUCAACUGAUGCAAUCAUUGAUCCGGCGGCGAUAUUUGCAAUGCUUUUCGGAAGCGAACUUUUCGAAGGGUACAUAGGACAGCUUGCUAUGGCGUCGAUGGCUUCACUUGAUAUCUUCACUGAAGGUGAUCAGUUUGAUACCAAGAAGAUACAAGAAAAAAUGAAGGCUGUUCAGAAAGAAAGAGAAGACAAGCUUGCUCAGAUUCUCAAAGACCGACUUAACGAAUAUGUGGUUAACAAAGACGAAUUUGCUAGUAACGCUGAAGCUGAAAUGCUAAGACUCUCUCAUGCAGCUUAUGGUGUGGAUAUGUUGAACACAAUUGGGUAUAUAUAUGUAAGACAAGCAGCAAAAGAGCUUGGGAAAAAAGCUAUUUACCUCGGCGUACCGUUCAUUGCUGAAUGGUUUAGGAACAAAGGUCACUUCAUCAAAUCCCAGCUUACUGCUGCAACAGGCGCAUUCGCUUUGUUCCAGCUUCAAGAAGAAAUGAAAAGGCAGCUAAGUGCUGAAGGAAACUACACCGAGGAGGAACUUGAGGAAUAUCUUCAGGCCCAUAAAAGAGUGAUGAUUGAUUCACUGUGGAAACUCAACGUUGCUGAUAUCGAAGCCACUCUCUCCCGUGUUUGUCAGCUGGUUCUUCAAGAUCCUGAAGCCAAAAGAGAGGAGCUUCGUACAAGAGCGAGAGGAUUAAAAACUCUUGGGAGGAUCUUCCAGAGAGCCAAAACAGUUAGUGAGACUGAUCCUUUAUCAAGAACUGAACCUCAAAAAUUAAACGAAAACGAAAGGAACUACGAUGAUGAGGCUUCUACAUCGCCAAAAUCCAAUGAAGCAUCUCACUCUACCUCUGCUUCUCAGGAACCAAAAAGCCCCUACUUGGAGGAAGAACCGAAGCUCGGAGAUAAACAAUUCAACCAUUACUUUCCAAGACCCGCACCACCACCUGGCGCAGAGAAACACACUUCAACUGGCUAUGAUUGA